GCUACAUCAUUUCGUCCAAUUAUGACCAUGUUACCAUGUCAGUUACCUGCCUUUCGCUUUGUCUUUCUUAGAUGUUAGAAUUUGUUUGACAUUACAUCUUAGAACUGUCAAAAUAAUUUGUCAAUAACAUGUUAAGCUAACAGCAAAAAAAAAUUUCAGUAAAAAUAAUGUUUCAUUAAAAAAUCCUCAUAUUUACUUUACUUGGACAUUUAAAAAUGCCCGUUUAAAAAUUAAUAGAAACUAAUUAAAAAAAAAACAUAAAAAAUGAGUACUAAUAAACGUUUUGGAAGACACCCGGCAAUAGAAUCUGCGAGUGAACCAAUAUUAACAACGCAGCCGGAAAUGAAAGACGAAAGUAAUAACUGGAGAUUAAAAGUAUUAUCAAAACCUAAAACACUUACACCUAAAUACGAAGAACCACCAUACGUAUUUGAAUCAGGAGUACGUCCAGAAGCUUUAAACUGUCGACCAAAAAGCCGAGAUAAACAUAUUAGUCUUCCAGUGUUGCGAAAAUUGUACGAAAACAAACGUACUUUUGCCGGUAACCCAAAUACGUUAAAAAAUUAUGCCGAAAAUAUGGAUAAACAUAUCGCAAAAGCUUGGGAUAGUAUUUAUAAUGAGUAUAAAAAAGCCAAAAGAGAUAAAAAAUUAAAGUUGUUGACGAGAGACAGAAAAAAUGUAUCCAGAAUUAAAACUGGUAAAAAGGGGAAAGGUAACGAUGAUGGAAGUUCGUACGGAUCGGGGGAUCGGGAGAAACAAUUUUCAGAAUGGGCUGUGGUAAAAGCUCAACCUAAAAAAGUGUUUGAACCAGAUCCUAUCGAUCGUGGACCUCGCGCCGAUUUAGAAGAAAUGCAUUCAAAAAUAAAUAUUAUGUCGACACCACGGAAAGUUACAGCAAAAUAUGUUGUUAAACCACCUAAACAUCUGGUGAAGGAGAGUGCUUUAAAUUAUGUUCCGACUGAAAGAGUAUUAAAACUGACUGUACUACCUCCACGUUUGGCUAAAAAAGAGUCAAUAAUUGAUACAGGAGCGGUAAAGCCAGGUGCAUUAUUAUAUAAAGCUACUGAACGCGAUUUAAUAUUAGCAACACCGCGUUCAAUAGCUGUAUCAGCCGAACCAGAUUUGAAGGAAAAUCCUUUUAUGAUUUCUCCAGGGGCUUUAAAAUAUAAACCAACCCCAAGGAUUUUGGAAUUAGCGAAACCGCGAGUUGUCAAAUAUUAAGAAUU